AUGCAAUAGUAAUUUGAAUAAAGUGUAAGAAGGUUAGGAGAUUAUUAAUUUGAUACGAAAUAUCUUUUGGGAGAAGGGGCAUUUGGAAAGGUUUAUAGAGGGAGUAAAUUGACUACAAACUAGGAAGUAGCUAUUAAAAAAAUAGAUAGCUCAAUGAUCAAUAAGGAUCAAUAUUUAAUUGAUGCAUUAAACUUUGAGAUCCAAAUAAUGAAGUAACUUGAUCAUCCUAAUAUUGUGAAGUUUAUAGAUAAAUUUAAUACCGAUCGCUCAAUCUACAUAGUCACAGAAUAUUGUGCAGAUGGAGAUCUGAGAAAUAUAAUGAAGGGAAGGCGUAUUCCAGAAUCUGAAGUUAACUAGAUUUUCAGUUAAUUGGCAAGUGGAUUUAAGGAAUUGGUAAAGGCAAACAUCAUACAUCGAGAUUUGAAGCCAGCCAAUAUUAUGAAUCAUAGAGGAGUAGUAAAGAUUGCGGAUUUUGGAUUUGCAAAAAUAGUUGACAAUUUUAGUGGGGAAUUAUUAAGAACUUGUGUUGGGUCUCCAUUAUACAUGGCUCCUCAAAUUUUGAAGAGAGAAAAGUAUACAACAAAAUCAGAUAUCUGGUCAUUGGGAAUAAUCUAUUAUGAGAUGGUAUUUGGUAUGGCUCCUUGGUCGGGAGUGGAUGAGAAGAGUUUGACUAAUAAUGUGAUGAAGCAACCUUUGCGAUUUCCAGGGGGCACUUAAUUGUCUGAGUUCGGAAAGAACUUUUUAAGUAGAGCUUUGGAGAAGGAGGAGAGCAAGCGAAUGGAGUGGGCAGAAUUAUUCAGCAUGUUUGAAUAAGUAAAGAAGAAUUAAGAAACCAUUUAAUUUAAUGUAAAUAUGAGUGGUAGUUACAUUUUGGAACAACCAUAACCUCAAAUUCAACCUCAAUAACUAUAAUAGAGUGAUGCGUCAUUCCAAAGAUUUCAAAGUCAAUUGAAUAACUAUAACUUAUAGAGGAUGUAGAUCAAUUUUUCUCAUUUUGUUAACGUGGAAAUGACUCAGCAUAUUUCCACAAUUACUCAACAUUAAAAGAAGGAAAUGUAGUUCGAAUUGCUUUGUUUGUUAUCAGCAAAAUUCAUAGCCAACUCAUUUAAAUUGCUGUAGUCUAACAUUCUCUCGUUAUUCGAAUAGUACAAAAAGACAGCUGAGUACAUACGAUUUAUUAGUCAGAUGUAAUAGGAGAGUCAGUUGGCAUCAGAAUUAUUUAAUAACACAAUGCUGUACUUUGAUAGAAUAGGUUUGCUGUCCAAUCUUAGAUUGUCAACUGAGUUUUCUUAAUUUAUAGAAGGAGGAGAUUUAGCAUUAAAUCAAUUAAUUUCAGUUGAAAAGAUAAUCAAAGAGAGAGUGAUUAGCAUUUCAAAAUAAGUGUUGCAAAGUGCAAAGGAGAAUGAUAUAUUUUGUUUAUUAGAUUACAUGAUGGAGAUGUGCUUAACUAGAAGUAAAAUAAUGAAUGGAAAUACGAAUAUAGAUUUCUCCUUGAUAUAUGAGAAAAAGUAAACAUCAGAUUAUCAAGGCUAACUAAAUUUUAAAUUAAAUGAGUUAUAUAGUUUUUGA